UGCCCCAAAUGAAAAACAGAAAACGAAGAACGAGAUCAGUCAUCCAUUCUCUCUCUCUCUCUCUCUCUCACUGGAACUCUCACGACUCACAUCGCAACCACUCAAUAUCGCCAUUACAGCAUUAUUUAAUCCUCCAAAAUGAUAAGAAAACGAUGGAGAGAAGUAGAUCUUUCUCAAGGUUUCAUCAACUGUGGCAGAUCAGAGAGAAAACGGUUAUUGUAACCGUUAAUCUGAAGAAUCUCGAUAUUCUCUCCCAGGAUCGCUGUGACCAUACUUCCAUUACGUGAUACCAGACAACAUCGCAAUUUAGUUCUUUCUUUUUCACAAUCAAUCUCUAUAGAUUUUGCUCUUUUUUUUUUCUUUCUUCAAAUCGAAUUGUCUUAUCAAUCACGGUCGCUGAUUCUCAUACUACAAUUUAGGAGACAAUGGGAGGAGGUGGAGGAGGCGGGGCGGUUGAAGGUGACCAUAACAGUUCUGCUGUUGCUUCUACUCCUGGCGGUGGUGGUGGCGUCGCUACCACUGGUGUUCAGAUCCAGCCUAGUCGGAGAUUACCGGAUUUUUUGCAGAGUGUGAAUCUGAAAUAUGUCAAGUUAGGUUACCAUUAUUUGAUUACACAUCUCCUAACCCUAUGUCUUAUCCCUCUCAUGGUUGUGAUCGUGAUUGAGGCUGCUCAGAUGAACCCGGAGGAUGUCCGCCAGCUCUGGCUCCACCUACAGUUUAAUCUCGUAAGCGUCAUCAUCUGCUUUGCUUUCCUCGUCUUUGGCGGCACCGUUUAUAUCAUGACUCGGCCUCGCCCUGUCUACCUCGUCGACUAUUCCUGCCACCGUCCUCCUUCACAUUGCAAGGUCCGGUACCAGCAAUUCAUGGAGCACUCCAAACUCACCGGUGACUUCGAUGAUUCAUCACUCGAAUUUCAGCUCAAGAUUCUCGAGCGUUCUGGCCUAGGCGAGGAGACUUAUGUCCCUGAGGCGAUGCAUUGUCUUCCUCCUCGACCUUCCAUGGCUGCUGCUCGUGAAGAGGCCGAACAGGUCAUGUUUGGCGCUCUUGACAAUCUCUUCCUCAAUACCUCCAUUAAGCCCAAGGAUAUUGGGAUUCUUGUCGUGAAUUGUAGCCUCUUCAAUCCGACGCCUUCGCUGUCUGCCAUGAUCGUCAACAAGUACAAGUUGAGGGGGAACAUCCGGAGCUUUAAUUUGGGUGGGAUGGGUUGCAGUGCUGGAGUCAUCGCCGUUGACCUUGCGAAGGAUAUGCUCCAGGUGCAUCGGAACACCUAUGCUGUCGUUGUGAGCACUGAGAACAUUACGCAGAACUGGUACUUUGGGAACAGAAAGUCUAUGCUGAUACCCAAUUGUCUGUUCCGCGUCGGUGGCGCUGCUCUUCUGCUCUCGAACAAGGCCACCGAUCGGAAACGGGCCAAGUACAAGCUCGUUCAUGUCGUGAGGACCCACAAAGGUGCCGACGACAAGGCGUUCCAAUGUGUUUACCAGGAGCAAGAUGAUGCAGGUAAAACCGGGGUCUCACUGUCUAAGGAUCUCAUGGCCAUUGCUGGAGGGGCCCUUAAGACCAACAUCACUACACUGGGCCCUCUCGUCCUCCCAAUCAGCGAGCAGCUUCUCUUCUUCACUACUCUGGUGGCCAAGAAACUCUUCAAUGCCAAAGUCAAGCCUUACAUUCCUGAUUUCAAGCUUGCUUUUGAUCACUUCUGCAUACACGCGGGGGGAAGGGCUGUGAUUGAUGAAUUGGAGAGGAACUUGCAGUUGCUGCCCAUACAUGUUGAGGCUUCUAGGAUGACUCUCCAUCGUUUUGGGAACACGUCAUCCAGCUCUAUAUGGUAUGAGUUGGCCUAUAUGGAAGCCAAGGGGAGGAUGCGGAAGGGUCACCAUGUCUGGCAGAUUGCUUUUGGGAGUGGUUUCAAGUGUAACAGUGCAGUUUGGGAAGCCCUUCGCACUGUCAAGCCAUCUCCCAAUAGUCCUUGGGAAGAUUGCAUUGAUAGGUAUCCAGUGAAAACGGUUGCAUAGUUCAACCACAGCUUGGUUAGAGACUCUUCUUUCAGGAUAGGAGGGGAGAGCUAGUAGGAGCCAUUCUAUCCCAACAGCGUAUAUUUGCAGUUUAAUAUCAGAAUGUUAGUGACUGAUACAUUAGGUUCUGUCUCACUAUUUUAUUCAUCAGGUCCGCUCUUUGUUAUUUGACCAUGAAAGUCAUAAUGUUGUGUUGCCUUCUCUGUUUUAGUUUCUUCUGUCUCUGUGUCUCUCGAACACUAGGACAACUGCUGUUUUUGUACUAUAAUGCUUUGGGAUUUUUCAAGCUGAAGCCUUGUAUUAGCAUUAAUCUAAAGAUUCUUUCCUUUAUGGCAA